GGCCGAGGGUCCCGCGGCAGAGGGUCCCGCCGCGCCGCUGCCCACGCCGCGCCGCUGCCCACGCCAUGCUGCCGUUGUGCCUCCGGCCCGGGCGGCUGCUGGCCGCCCCCCCGCUCCGCCUGCCCGCCCCGCGGGGAGCGGGAGCUGCGGCCGCCGGCGGGGAGCCCACCCGCGACCCGGGCACCACCCGCGCUGAGCAGGCUCAUAAGGUGGUUGCAAGUUACAAACCAUCGACGUUCGACAAAAAAAUCCUCCUCUGGACUGGGCGUUUCAAGACUGAAGAAGAGAUUCCUUCGAGGAUCCCGCCGGAGAUGCUAGACAGGGCGAGAAACAAAGCUCGAGUUAAAGCUUGUUACAUCAUGAUUGGACUUUCGAUUGUUGCCUGUUUUGCGGUGAUCGCCUCGGCUAAGAAGGCCGCUGCGCGGCACGAGUCCUUAACAAGCUGGAACUUGGCGAAGAAGGCCAAGUGGCGCAGGGAGGCGGCGCUGGCGGCGGAGUCGAAGACGAAGUAACCGCAGCUGGGUCCUCGGAGGAGCAAAAUUAACUGGGGCCGAGAGCCAGCAGUGAAAUUUCACCCCUAAUUGUAGCGUUAACCGCGCGGGAGCCACCGAGGGCACGUACCGGAUCACAAAAAGAAACGGCAAGUCUCUCUCCCCGGAGGGAUCCCAGAUGUACCUGUUGCCUGUAAUUACCAUGAGCUUGAGUGUUUUGCGUGCGAUUACAAGCAGUAAUUAAUUUCAAAGGAGAGGAGGUGGGGCCCGAAGGGCAGCAGGUACGGCCGCUCGGGUAUUUACAACGCACGUUUAAACCCCACGUUUUCCGGCUGGCGGCGGCGCGGAGUUUUCCGGCGCACAGGUCCACCCGCUUGAAUUCGUUUCCCUCACCCAAAACGGCAUUCACAUUCAUGAGCUUGCAGAACCCGCUAAAUAAAUACAAUAAGCGUCUGUAAAA